CACAGAUUCGACGCUGCGAUCCUCAAGAUGGCCAUCAUACCGCGAUGGCUGCGGAUUCCGCGCCCGAAGAGUUUCCUCUACAUCAUGAGCUUGCGUACCGGGGCUGAGAUGAUCUCGCUGAGCAUGAUAUUUAACAAAAUCACUGGGUUCUACGGACUGCUCGCCAUCCUCACCGGCUUCCACCUGUCGCCGUUACAACUCUGCAUGUACCUGUAUUCGCUGGGCGCACUCGUUCUCAUUGCCUUCCUUAUGCCACACAUCCGAAAACAAAGCCCGUUUCAAUGCCUCGCGCUGGCAUGGUUCUACCUCAUCGAUACUGUCGUCAACACGGCCUUCACCUCCGCAUUUGCGGUAACGUGGUUCCUUGCCGUCAGCGCGGACGAGUCACAUACCCAUAUUCCUAGCAGUGCUCCCGGCAGCGGCACAAUCGACGACACAGCCGGCUUCACGAACCCCAAGAACAAUCUCAGCAAGUCAGCGGGUGCUGCCCGUGAUGCUGUGGCAGCCGCAGCCGCAGCUGGAACGCCCAGUGUUGGACAUGGAGUAGGGAUUGAAGAGAGCAUACCCAGUCUGAUAGUGGUGGUGCUCCUGACCCUGAUCCGGGUCUACUUCAUCCUCGUCAUGAUGGCGUUUGCGAGACAGGUUCUACGACAACAUAUGUAUACGUCGCCGUCGUCCAAGUUACAGGUCCAUAUGGAUGGGAGCAGCGAUGCGCCGGCCGAUGACCCAUUUGCGAUUGGCAAAUCAGGAGGCCAAGGGUGGAAGGGGAAGCUGGGGAGAAUCAUGGUGAAGGUUGGACGGAGCUAUUGGCUUGGCGGCCAGGCUGAUGAUGACUGGGCUCGAGGCCUGCACGGAAGAUUUAGGAGUAGGAAACUGGUCUCUGGGCCUCCGGGCACGCUGGAGAGAGAACGGAGGGCCCGUAGCGGCACAGGGCCUCCCGUCCCGCCGCCAAACCUGGUGAAGGGGUGAGAGAGAUGCUAGUGGGGGGAUGAAGG